AUGGACAGCAAGCACGCUGUGUACCGCCACUUCAAAGUGCCGGCCGACAGCGUUGGCGAGAACGACACCAAGGUGUGUGCCUAUUACAACUUCAAGUUCGCUGGCGGGGUUUACCGCUGCGCGCAGCAUAUCACUGGCUGGAACGGCAUGCGCCGUCGCGAAGUGCAUCUCUGCACUGCAGCGCCGAAGACUGCACGUGACACCGUGAAGGCGCUUUACGAGUCCAAGUUGAAGGCCCGUGAAGAGAAGCGUGAGGCUGAAAUUGCGGCGGUCGGCGCAGUCAACGGCGGAGGUUCGGAAAAGAAGAAGAGUCGAAUGUCCGACUUCUACGGCGACGACGCCACGUGCGCGAACCAAGCUGCGGACGAGUCCAUAUGCCUCUUCUUUGCGGCUCUUCAUGUGCCGGAGCAUCACACGGACCACCCACUGUGGCGGAAUGUAGUCUCAAGCAUCCAGCGCGCGGGGCAGAAUUACAUCCCGCCGAAGAGACGCUACAUCGGUGGCGCCGGUCUUGCAAAGUGUCGCCAGCGCAUUGAGGUGGCUCUCGCUCCUAUCUCAGCAAGCUGGCGCCGUGAUGGUGUCACCGUAGCAAGCGACAUGUUCUCUGACAAGGCCGGCCGCCCGCAAGCCAAUGUGCUCCUCAUCAACGAUAGCGGAGCGGUGUUCGUGGAGUCAAUCGACACCAAGAUGGAGAUGAAGACCGGCGGCUACAUCGCGGGCAUCUUGCGCCCCAUCAUCGAGAAAGUUGGCCAUGAGAACGUUGUCGCCUUGUGUUUUGACAGCGGCUCCAAUUACGCGGCGGCAUGCAGGGAGUUGAUGACGAAGUAUCCCCACAUCGAACACAUCCCUUGCGCGACCCAUGUCCUUGAUCUCCUGAUGGAGGACAUCGGGAAAAUGGGAUGGGCGAAGGACAUCGUCACGCGCGGGGACACCCUCAUCUCGUUCGUCCGCAACCAUCACUUCACCCGUGGAUACAUGCGGAGCGAGCUCGUGAACGGCGGCAAGGGGAAGCAGGUUCUCAAGUCCGCGGGAACUCGAUUCGGCACCAACUACAUCGCCAUUAACCGCCUUUGUGAAGUGCGCGCCGGCCUGAUGCAGAUGGUCCUCAGCGAUGAGUGGCGCGAGUGGACAACGGCUGCAAAGAGGGUUGGGGCAGAUACCUUCAAAGACAACAUCCUCGAUGCCACGUGGUGGACGCGCGUCGAGUUCUUCGCGAAGCUGAUGAAGCUCCCGUUCGUCGUCAUGCGCAAGACUGACUCGGAUGCGAAGGGCAUGAUGGGUCGUCUCUACGACCUUAUGCUCCAGCUCACCGAGGACAUCCGCGUCUUCCUUGACGAGCAUGCGGAAGGGGUCCUGUCAAGGGGAGAGGUGGGGGAGAUUCGGAAGAUCGUGCAGGACCACUGGGACAAUGGGCUGGCGUGCAACAUGCACGUGAUUGGCCGCAUCCUCAACCCCCCGAACCAGGAAGAGGGCAUCUUCCGCACCGACCUGGAGUGCACGAGGGUCUCAAACAGCAGCUUCGGCAUGCCCGCCGCUCUUGCCGACCGUGCGGCAGUGAAGGAGGGCAAGAUGACCGCGGUGGCCUGGUGGUCGUGGCAUGGGACCGAACAUCCGGAGCUCACCACCAUGGCUUGCCGCGCCCUCACGCAGCCGGUGUCCGCGUCACCAUGCGAGCGGAACUGGGCGACGUUUGAUGCCGUGCAUACGGCACGUCGGAACCGGCUCGGCGCGGAGAAGCUUCGGGACCUCGUGUACGUGACGCACAAUUGGCAGGUUGUGCAUAACUGGCACAAGGUCCCUGAAGGGCAGCGGGUGGUGAAGGAAAACAUCGAGGACCCCCCCACUCCGGCUGGCUACAACGUCGAGGAGGAGGUGGAAGAACCUGAGGUGGGGGAGGAUGAUGUGAUGGCCGAUGAGUACUAG